UGAUGCCAGAAAGAAGAAACUACAUAGUUAGGCAAUGUAUGGAUCAAUCUAAAUAUGAAUCAGACCGUAGCAAGAAUUGUCUGAUAGAAUCUUCUAUAAGCGAUCAUGUCAAGAAUGAGCCUUGCUGGUUGGGUAUUGACGAGGCUGGGCGAGGUCCAGUAUUAGGGCCUAUGGUGUAUGGAACCUGCUAUAGCCCCAUCUCUGAUAAAGAACGAUUCUCCGACUUAAAAUUUGCUGAUUCUAAAGUUUUAUCAGAGGAACAACGAGAAUCUAUCUUCUCAAAAAUGAAUGAAUCAUUGGAUAUUUUAGGUUGGAUGGUAGAAAUUCUUUCUCCAGCAUAUAUUUCUAAAAGUAUGCUUAGAAGGUAUAAAUAUAACCUUAAUGCACUCUCCCAUGACUGUGCUAUUGGAUUAAUAAAAAGAGUUCUUGAACGAGGUGUUAAUGUUACUGAGGUUUAUGUAGAUACAGUAGGUGAUCCUACUAAAUACCAAACCAAGUUGAAAGAAAUUUUCCCCAACAUUGAUGUAACAGUGAGCAAGAAAGCUGAUUCUCUAUUUCCUAUUGUUAGUGCUGCUAGUAUAUGUGCCAAGGUUGCCAGAGAUCAAGCAGUUAAAAACUGGGUAUUUAUGGAGCAGAUCUCUUUAGAAGAGCCAGACUAUGGCUCAGGUUAUCCUGGAGAUCCAAAAACAAAAAAAUUUCUAGAACAAAGCUUUGACAAAGUUUUUGGGUUCCCCUCAUUUGUCCGUUUUAGUUGGUCCACUGCAUCUUUGAUCAUGGAUAAGGAUGGUGUUGCAGUUCGAUGGGAAGAUGACGAUGAGGAUGAUGCAUCAUCACAAGGGACGCCAGCACUCUCACAUUUCUUCAAGAAGAAGGACAGCAAGCCAGAGCUCACCAGACAUCGCUUCUUUUCACAUCGACAGCUGACCCAUGUAACAUCUAUUUAAAAACCAUUAAAGUUUUUUUUAUUUCA